AUGAAACAUUUACAAUGCACUCAAACAAAUGGUGAUAUAUUUGUAUGUUUAUAUGGAAUACGGGUUUAGCCACGUAUUUCUCAAGUUUCUAUUCGAUUAAGAUAAGAGACAUAUAAAUCAUCAAGACAAGUUCGAUGAAAGUGAAAUUUCAUACCUAAAUUACUCACUGCAUAUAUUUAACAUUUUAAAAUAAUUCGUCAGUUUAACGUGUAGUUUUAAAUCACGGAAUUUACGGAGUGUUUUUAAAUCGGAAUUUAUUUCGAUAUUGCUACAAUACGAGUUUAUAAUGCGCUAAGGCGUGUGAUCUUUUCAUUCGGAAAUGAAUAGGUAACUAUUUAUUGAAAAGAGAUCGGUUUAAUAAGGGUAAAGUUUUACCUAUAAUUAUGUAUACAGUAAAGUGUAGUUUUAAGAUUAAGUUCAACGGUUAAAUAAAGGUAAGAACGUGGAAUAUUAGGUGGGUUGAUUUUUAAUAUUUAACUUGCUUGGCAAUCACAUGAACAGACAAAAAAGUUGAACGGAUUUUUAACGAUAUACGUACAAGUGUUAGAAAAAAAUUAUUAAAGAAGGGAAUUGAGGAAAACGUGAAACAAACAAAGAAUUCAAAAUGUGAGACACAUAAAACACUUUUCAUUCAAGAAGUGUUCAAACACACUUUGUUGGUGCUAAAAUAAUGUGUGUAUAUGUGAAGUUAACGUGUUCAUAAAAAAAGUUAUCUGAUAAAAAAUCACUAUCAAUAUGAUGCUAUCAUAUUUUGAUACAGAAGAACAGACUCCGGACCAGGCUCGGUUAUAUGAGACAUGUCUGAAAGGAAGCCGGGAUGAAAUCCGAAACUUUGUGAAUACAAGGGAUAUUUCUACUCAAUAUUUAAAGGAUGGCAUGAAUCCGAUGCACGUGGUGGCGAUAGCAGGUCGGAAAGAUGCCGAGGUUAUACUAGAUAUGAUGUUACAGAACGGAUUUAACGUGAACGAUCAGACAAAGACAGGGGAAGAUACGGUGUUACACCUUAUUGUAGAGCAUAUAGACGUAAAACAAGCGUUCCCUUUAGUCCUCAAGAUCCUAGAAUACAAUCCGGAUCUUCAAAUACGAAACCGGAAAUUGAGAACACCGUAUGACCUUGCACUGGCACAUGAAGAAUAUGAACUGGCUGAAGUGCUGGAUGGUCACAUGACUGCAGCAGAAGCACGAGAAUUUUACAAAAACAAAAUAGCUGCCAUUUACGGGAGAAAGAAAAGAGUUCUGUCCCCUAGAACGAAACGUUAUUUUCAGGCGAAACUAGUAGAUGCCGUGCUGAGAAGUAACGAAAAUGAUAUACAGGACUUUCUAAAGCUUGGUGCUGACCCUAACUAUGUUAAUGAACAUAAAAAUGGUGCAAUACAUUACGCAAUUACCCACUGUACGUUACCUACAAGAAAAACGUUACAAUUACUUAUAGACGGUAAUGCUGACGUCAAUUUACAAGAUGACGAAGGAGACACCGCCCUGAAUCUAGUGAUUAAGAUGUCUAAAUUAAGGGAUACGGGAGAUAUGUAUAAAUGCGCCGAGCUGCUGGUUCAGAACGGAGCACUCUCAACAUUCAAGGAUUUAGACGGCAAUGAUGCUCUCAGCUUAGCCAGAAAACGUCAAUACGAUGAUGUUGUGAAACUCCUCACAGAACGCAGAACGCAACAUAUACAGCUACCUCCGGUUGACGAAUCCGAGGCUGAUCACCCUCCACCUUUACCUCGGACUGAGCUAGAGAACCUUCCUCCACUUCCGGAAUUACCAAACGACCAACAGGAAAUAGAAACUGCGGAGCCAAGAAGACAACACCGGGAACCUGCACCACCUGGUCAGAGUAGUGGACUAAAUUUGGCACAGAACACAGGUCAAAAUACUAUACCACACCCAGUCCCGGCCCCGGGACAGAACAUCGGCCCAAGCAUGGGAUUGAACACCGGACCAACACCUAAGCCAAAGGCCAUACAACCAUCCCAGCUUCCUCCUCCACCAAAAUUUAUACCUCGUCCAACAGAUAUAGAUGAUAUAUCUGAAGAAGAGGAAGAUGAAGACGAUACUAGUCCUGUACCGCCACCCACGAUGCCACAGGACACACUCGUCAAAGCAAUCCGGGAGGGUACAUUGGACGAAGUAAACGAGGCUUUGUUUGGACUGAGGGCAGAUCCAAAUAUACCAGGCGACGACGGGCUAUAUCCCAUUCACCACGUUCUUAUCCGUGGUGAAAUGGAAGACGAGGAAGAACGACUCGGAAUGUUGAGAAGUCUUAUAGAAGCCGGGGCUGACAUUAAUCAGAAAACAGUAAACAGCGAGAGCACAGCUUUGCAUGUAACAGCAACAAAAAACCAACACGAAGAGGCCCAGGUCCUGCUAGAUACACAUAAAUGUGAUUAUAAUGCUAAAAAUAAGCAUGACAAGACAGCGUACGAUGUAGCGGAGGAAGAGGAGUGUCAGGAAGUAAUGGACGUCAUAGAAAACCACAGACGUAAUGUCCGCCAAAGAAUGCAGAAGGCGGCCAAAGCAUCAACUUGUACAAUACUUUAAUAACUGCAUUUCAAUAAACGAUGUUCAUAAGAAAAAUACGGCAUUUAUCGACAGUCUAGUGGAUAGUAGUUUUACACGUUCACCUUCAAUGUGACCAGAAUACAAAUCGUUGUUGUCAACUUGACAUUAUUUUGCAAAGAACUAUUUUGACACUUGAAAUUCGAAAUUGGCCUAAUUAAAAUGAAUUUUGAUGAGUGAUAUUCUUUAAACAAGUCAAAGGUCAAAUAUUUCUAUACAAGAGGUAAAGUUUGCUUAAGUAAGUCAUAUUUUUUGAUGUGCUUAAAUAAGUCAUAUUAUUUAAUAUGCGGAAAUAAGUCAUAUUAUUUAAUAUGCUUAAAUAAGUCAUAUUAUUUGAUAUGCGGAAGUAAGUCAUAUUAUUUGAUAUGCGGAAGUAAUUAAGUCAUAUUAUUAAAUAUGCUUCAGUAAGCCAUGUUAAGGAUUAUACUUAAAUUAUUCAAAAUAUUGGAUAUGCUUUAGUAAGUCAUAAUAUUGGAUAUGCUUUAGUAAGUCAUAAUAUUAGCUAUGCUUUAGUAAGUCAUAAUAUUGAAUCUAUGCUAAAGGAAGUUAUAUCAUUGAAUAUGCUUAGUAAAACAAGACGUUGUUUGAAACUUGUUUUUUAGCAAAUUAUGUAAGAAAUGGCUGGUCCGUUACUGAAUUUAUUUUAUUUUUCUCUGCUUACUAAUAAUAUACAUGCACUACUAUUUGUAUCAUAAAUGAAAGAGGUGAGAUGGAAGGAUGGGAGACAGAGCGACAGUACAAGUGUCGGUUACGUUAUGCUGACCCAUAGGAUCAAACGGUGCCGUGUCAUUUUAUUGAAUGUUUACAUAUGUGAAACACUUUCAAACGAUAUUAAACCAUAAAUUUUACAAUUAAAAAGAAAAACUUUUUGUUGUUAAGUGCCCUUCCUGUUUGGUGUCGGAUGGUUGUAUUUAUCGAAUUGAACCGUUUUCCUGCUAUUUUCAUUAAUAUAGACAUGUAUAUACAUCUUUAUAACGUAAUAAAUUGGUUAACAAAUCA